UCUCUCUCUGCUGCAUACUACCACUUCCUUCUCUCUUUCCCUCUUUUUCUCCUCUCUUUGCAGGAACUGUCUCUCCCGAAUCAACCCAGCAUCCUCAGCCGGAAUACACACAUACAUCAGCUGAAGCCCAGAAGAUGUCAUUCCAACCACCCAAUGAUCACCAUCCGCUUCGCUCUCCUUAUCGAAGCCAUGUCAACCCUUCAACCACCAGCCUCAACCCCAGUCCACCCCCACCCCAGAAAUCAUCACGGCUACCCUCGACCUCCCAGGCGAUCGACUUCGACGAGGGCGUACUGAGGACGCUGUGUGGACUCGAAUGUGGCUUCCCUCUCGUGAUCGACAGGCUCAAACAGGCAGUAGGAACGAGCAGGGAGGUCGGCCUAUUCCUAAAGAAAAAAUCACAACUCGAAGACGAGUACGGGAUCAAGCUAGCCAAACUGGCCAAGGAGAGACUCGAUGCUUAUACCCAUCUCGGCGGUGAAGUCAAGGCGGGAAGCUUUGCUAAACAGUACUGCAACUUCCUAGCCACUCACGAACGAAUGGCGAUCGAACGUACCGAAUAUGGUGCCAGAUUGAAUCUGAUCGCAGACGAAUUGGCUAACCUAGGCAAGGAGGUAGAAAGAGUUAGGAAGGCGAACAAAGAUGUCGGUUGGAGGCUGGAGAAAAACUUGGCUGAGAGCGAAGGACUGACAGAGAAGGCUAAAGCAAAGUUUGACGUGACCGUCGAAGAAUUAGAACGAGUCCUCAUGUCCAGACAGGCCGACAACCCUACCGGUGCUCCUGGUCCUGCCCCCGGUGGAUCAAACAAUAUCGGCAUCUCAUCCCACCCGUCAUCCUCAUCCAGUCAAACUAAAUCACAAGCCAAAGCAAUCGGAAAGGCUAUCUCAAAAUUAGCAGCAAAAGGCACAAGAUCCGCUGGACAUCUGGCCAGGUUAGAGGACGAAGUACGCGGCCGGAUGGGUCUGGUAUCCGAUGCCUAUCGAGCUCAGGUCCUAGCUACUCAACAAGUUCGACAGGAAUAUUUCAACCUACAACUACCAAGGAUCUUGAGAACGCUAAAAGAGCAUUCUGAUGAAACCGAUCUAGCCAUUCAAUACUAUCUGGCAAAUUAUUCGACUCUCUCGGAAUCAUUACUCGUCAAUGAGGCACUGUCAGUCUCGGCAUUACCAGCUGAACGGCGAAAAGGUUCGGUAGACGACUCAACCCCAAGUAUCAAUGUGGAAACGGAUAAUGCUGGUGGAACAUCAUCUUCAUUGCCAUACGGGCUAAAAGAUAUCGUCCAAUCUAUCGAUAAUCGGGCGGAUUUCAAAGAAUACAUGGCCAAUUAUGCAGCCCAUUUUAAUCAAACCCAUCACGCGCAACUAACCUCUCAAACUGGAGUUUCUCAUUCCCAAUCCUCAGUUGUUACCCAUCCCCCCACACCCUCUCAAACCCCUGCUAUCGCCUCCUCUGGUCCACCUGGAUCACACGCCUUAAGUCAACAGCAGCAACAUCAACAGCUACAAACACACCAGUCCAUCAAAGCCAUCAGUCAGCAAGCGGGAGAAUCACCACGAACUAGUUUCGGAUCCAACGUCUUGACAAUAGAGAACAAGAAGACCUUCGGGGUGGAUCUGGCUACUCAGAUGAUGAGAGAUGGGGUUGAAACCGUGCCGAAAGUGGUCGAGAAGUGCAUCGAAGCUAUUGAAAAAGCGGGUGGGAUCGACAUGGUUGGGAUUUAUCGGUUGUCUGGUACAACAUCCAAGAUUGGUAGAUUAAAACAGAGGUUUGAUACAGAUAUUGACAAUGUCAAGUUAGAAGUCGGAGAUGAGAAUCAAUCAGAAAUCAAUGAUAUUGCGGGUGCCAUGAAACUAUGGUUUCGAGAACUACCGGAGCCGUUGUUGACGUGGAAUUUAUAUGCCUCGUUUAUUGAAGCUGGCCGGAUUGAAAAUAACCGGCUGAGGCAUAUCAGGUUGCACGAACGAGUCAAUGAACUACCUGACCCGAAUUAUGCGACUCUGAAGUAUUUGAUGGGUCAUCUAGAUAAGGUCAGGAGGAACGAAGCGCUAAACUCAAUGGGAUCGUCCAACCUGGCGGUGAUCUUCGGACCUACACUGUUAUCGCCCCCACCGAUCAACUUUUAUCAUCACCAACAUCACCAACUCGCUGGGAUGGACUCCAAUCAAAAUAAUCCCACUGGUCAUAAUAACAAAAACAAUCAGCUGGGUAACUCGAUCAAUCAUAAUGGUGUUAAUUCUCCUCUCUCCUCUGGGAAUAACGCCCUGCAAGACAUGUCCGUUCAAUGUAAAGUGGUCGAAACUAUCCUGGAACAUUAUCGAGAGAUCUUUGUGGAUGAAGGAGAAGAAGAGAAUGAAGAAGAUGAUCUGACGAGUGGGACGGGCGGGACGGGUGGGGGAUUGGACAUGACGAGCGGGGGGACGAGUGUCGGGACUGGAGUAGGAGGGGCCUUGGGAAGCGGGCCGGCAACGACGAGUGGGAGCAGCAACCAGAACCAUUCCGGCCACGUCAGUCGGCCCUCCGAGACGCACAUCGACGCAGCCUCCACUCCGAUCUCUAAUGAGCCCGCUAGGCUAAGUCGGACCGCCAUCUCUCCUGAGCAGCAGCUGCCUCCUCUUCCUAGUGAAAACCUCCCCGCUCACCCUGCUGGCUCCGAGGCCAAUCAUCAUCAACCAAACUAUAAAUAGAAUUGCCCCCUCCUCCCUGCCAGUCUUCUUAUUAUAUUGCAUCCCUUGUUUCAUCAUCUUUCUGUUGCCUCUUGUUUUUUUUUUUUUUUUUGUAUCUGCUCUUCCCUCCUCAACCUCAAGUGUCACCUCUCAGUACAUUUUUUUGGCU